CCUCUCCUCGAUCUUCCCGAUCCGAUCCUCUCUCUCCUCCCCGAUCUCUCCCACCAUUGAGGUCCAUCCCGCGCUUUCUCUCUCCGUCGCGCUCUCUCUCUCCCUUCCCUCCUCCUCUCCAUCUCUCCCACUGUCGCACAGUUGGUCUCUCUCUCUCUCUCGCCGUUCAGCCGCUUCUCCAUCCCUCGCCGUCGACCCAGACCUCGCCGUGGCGGUGACCGUCGCCGUCGCCCUCACACGUACAGGCAUCGUCUCCCCACUCUCUUUCUGCCGGAGAAGUCCGUCUCUAGGUGUGCUCUUUUUGGUUCGAGAUUUAUGGAGAACUGUUUUGCAUGAGUAUGUUAUGGGCAAUGAUAGGUGCAUUGUGAUUUUUGGAAUGUCCGUGGAAGAGACGGUGUUGCUGAUGGGCGUAGUUCUCACUUCUCAAUGCAGCUUCACCAUCAAAACCAUAACUUAACACCACUAUGAAUAGGUGGUACGCGUAGGGAGUCCUUUAUAAAGCACUGUACUGUCUUCAAUGGCCAUGCAUAUCUUCAGAAACAUGCUCAAUUUUUUUGAGUACAAUGUACGUAGAAAAUCAGAAGAUGUUUGUGAGCACAUUGGGGUUGCGAUUCUGUAAGUUCGAAACCCAUGCUUUACCACAUAAAAAACAAUUUUACAUCCGAUGUGAGGCUUUCGAAACAGCUACAUGGUUGUCUCCUGUCCCUUUUUGUGACACAGAUGUAAACUGGCAAAAGAACAGUUGCAAAGAUGGUCUACCAAUGAGAGUCUCCUGCCAACCUUGGAAUCUUAAGACUGCAAUUGAGGAAUAGCCAUUAUUGAUUAUUUAAUAUUGCUGCCAUCUAGAAUCCAAUGCCUACUUCGAAAUUGUUGAUGCAACCCUUGUUUUUAAUGCCUAGUUGGAAAUUGAAGGAAGGUUUUCAAACAUGGAUCCAAGUUGCAGCUCUACAAGUUCAAAUGUGUCAAGGAAGGGAGACAUGUUUACAAGUGCAAAUGUGCGAGAAGCUAAAGCUAAUGAAAUGAUGACAGCAUUGAACAAUGUUGAUGAAAUAGUAGAGGACACUAAUUUGCAAGGAAAUGAGGAUGUUGAAAUUGAGAAAUUUUGUGUUGAAGGAACAAACUCAAAAGAAGAGCUAGUUCCAGAUGUUUCUAGUGAAUAUGUGCCUUAUGUUGGAAUGGAGUUUGACGAUGAGGAUAAAGCAUAUGAAUUUUACAAUACAUAUGCUAGGAUGGGUGGAUUUGAUACAUGUGUACGUGACUCCAAAAGGAAAAAGGGUGUUGUUUGUUGGAAACAAUUUGCUUGCAAGAAAAAUGGCUUUAAGAAACAGAAAGGCAAUGAGAGAAAGGAAUAUCCAAGUACUAAAUGUGGUUGCAAGGCAUGGAUGUCCAUCGAACUCAAUUUAGAGAAAAAAAAGUGGCGUGUGCAUAAUAUUCAAUAUGCACACAAUCAUUACUUGCAUUCAUCAUCAGAAAUGUAUUUUCAUAAGACAGCAAAGAAGAUGAAUACUUCUCAAAAGAAUGUAGUAGAGGCAAUGAUCGGAUCUGGCUUGACAGCAUCAGAAGUCAUGGAUCUUUUGGCAUUUCAGAUUUGGGACAUGAAACAUAUGACAUUCACUAGGCAAAAAUUGGAUAUUCUUUUCCAAGAAAUUGCAGACAGUUAUCAUGGAAAAGAUUGUCAAACUAUGGUCAAUUAUUUCAAGAAAAAGAAAAAUGCAAAUCGGAAUUUUUAUUAUGCCAUUCAAGUUGAUAAGGUUGGACAAUUAGGAAACUGUUUCUGGGUAGAUGCAACAGCGCGUGAAGAUUAUCAUCAUUUUGGAGACGUGGUAUCGUUUGAUUUGAUGUAUAGUAGAAACAAAUAUGACAUGAUCUUUGCUCAAUUUACAGGUGUAAAUCAUCAUAACCAAAACAUCAUUUUUGGGUGUGCAUUGCUGAUUGAUGAGAACAAAGAAACAUUUAAAUGGGUUUUUGAACAAUGGCUGCGUUCAAUGGGUGAUCGAGCUCCAAUUACAUUUCUAACUGAUCAAGAUUUUAUAUUGGAGUCAACGUUAAAAGAAGUCCUUCCAAGUACAGUGCACAAGUAUUGUAAUUGGGACAUAUUUGCAAGAAUGCCAAAAUAUAUUGAAAACUUGUUUAAACAAGAUCACCACUUCAAACGCCUAUGGGAUGCCUGGUUUUUCAAGUCAGAGACAAUCGAAGAAUUUGAGAAAAGAUGGAAUGAAAUGAUAAGUUCAUAUCCUCAAUUGGAAACCAUUGAAUGGGCCACAAUCUUAUGGAAAGAAAGAGAUAAAUGGGCUAAACCAUAUUUUAAUGGUACUUUGAUGGUGGGAAUGUCUAUGGCUCAACGAAGUAAAAGCAUAGAUAAUUAUUUUAAGAAUUGGGUUGGUGAAGAUACAACUUUGAGUGAACUUAUUGUAAAAUAUGAUGUGACAAUUGGUAGACAGCGAUACAAUGAGAAGGAAAUGGAUUUCAAAAUGUACGACAAAAUUGAGCCCAUUAAAACACAUCAUCCUAUGGAAGCUCAUUUACGAGAUACAUUUACUCCAGAGAUUUUCAAAAAAUACUUUCAAGAAGAACUUUUGGCAACUACGACUUGCACGGCAUUGCUUAAUCAACCUGUUGGUGAAGUGAGAGAAUAUACUGUUACGCAAGUGAUACAAGACUAUCGCAAAGAUGGAGUAGUUCCAAUUUUUAAGGAAUACACAAUUUCAUAUGACGAGGAAAGUCAGAAGUUGUCAAGUUGUCGAUGCACAUUAUGGGAAUCUUUAGGUGUUGUUUGUUGUCAUAUGUUUACGGUAUUUAAUGCAGAACAAAUAUUCAAACUACCACCAGCCUAUAUACUCAAGAGAUGGAGUAAACAUGCAAGAAAAGGUGUUGUACAAAAAUUUUCAACUUCUCAAGCAUUGCCAGAUCCACAAUCUUCCUUAUUAGUAAAGAGAAAUAUUCUUCAUUCAAAGGCAAAUAUGUGCAUCGAUGAAGCAUUGUCGUGUGAUGAAUGUUAUGAGGAUGCAUUAGAUGAGUUUGAUAAAUUGCUAAAGCAUAUGCAAAAUGUCAAGAGUAAGGUUAAUGUGUCAAUCAUGAAUGAUCGUGAAGUAGUUCAAGUCAGUGUUAUCGAUGAUAACUGUUGCAAUGAAAGUGCACAUAUGGAAGUGUUGCAAAGCACUAAUGAAGAUGAAAAUCAUGAUGUUAUCCCAAGGAGUCAUGAACUAGUUUGUGCCAAAGCAAGUUCAAGGCAGAUCAUUGCAGACAUCCAUCAAACGAAACUGCAAAGGUUUUGUGCGACUUGUGGUCAACUUGGACAUAAUUCUCGGGCAUGUAGUCGAAGCAUGAAAGCAAGGAAUACUUCAACCAAUGGUGAGGUUGCGAAACAAAGAAUAUGCCAUUAUUGUCAAGGAACAGGCCAUGAUAAGAGAAAUUGUCCAAAAUUGAGAGAUGCAGGUAUCGAACUACAAAGAUUGUGUUCAACUUGUGGUCAACAUGGACAUAAUUCUCAGACAUGUAGUCUAGGCACGAGAGCAAGGAAUACUUCAACCGAUGGUGAGGUUGCGAAACAAAGAACAUGUCAUUCAUGUAAAGGAACAGGCCAUGAUAAGAGAAAUUGUCCACAAUUGAAAAAUGCAGGCAAAUAUGUUUAUGCAUGCUACUUUUUUGAACAUUGUAUGUCAUUUAAUAUAGCAGUUUUUUUUACAGGAUGCACCUCUACAGGGGAUACACAAUGCACAUAGUUCUUCUUUGUUCCAUGUGACACAGUGACAAGAUUGAUGCUAUCAUUAGUAAUUGGGAGAUGGACAUGGUGCACAUGAACCUAGUAGGAGGCUGUGUUGGAUCCCAACAGCUGAAGAUAGAGCUGCUUGUACAGAUUCUUGUAGUACUUCCUGAACCGGAAGUGAGAAGGGCUAUCUUUGAAGAGCAUUUGCCAUCUACCAGUGACAAUGAGCUUCCAUAUGAUGUUAUGGUAGACGGGUUAAAAGGUCAUUCGUCAUCAGACAUCUAUGGAAGGUAUGAUGUUGCAGUAUGCAUCCACUCAGGCGCUUGAGGGCCGCUAUAGAACAGAAAGGCGAUAGCCUUGUGGAAGGUAUGAUGUUGCUCAAGUUGUCUGCAAAUCAAUGUAUUUGUAACAGUUAUUUUUCUAUUCCAUAAACCUUGAACUCUUUUUGGAUC